AUGGCCGGGAUGGCUUUGUAUAAACGUUCCUUUCCAACCCUGGAUCAUGGGUAUAAAGCUCCAGACUUGCGAUUUAGCAAGGGAAUCUACGUGGGAGUAUCUGCUCGUACUGCUAUCGCCGUACUUGGCCAGUAUCUCGACACUGCUACCGCGAAUGCUUCAUCCCCUUCGCGAAAUCUUCGGGAGCGGCUGCACGAGAUCGCUGAAGAGAAGGAACAGCAGAGGGCUUCAGAGCUUGGCCAGGAGGCUGAUAUCGAUGAUGAUAUCGAUGAAUAUUGA